GGCCAAAUCUGAAUCUCUACUUUCUGCGUUGACUUGCAACUUGCGACUUGGACUCACAACAAUAUUAGUUCAUUACAAUGGGUCUUUCAGGGCCUAGGAUUCGCCGGAAACUCCAGCACGAUCCGAACAAUACGAAAUGGAGUCGUGAUGAGACCACCUUCGGGCAGAGGAUAUUACGAGCGCAAGGAUGGGAGCCCGGCAAGUUCCUAGGGGCGCAAAAUUCGCCGCACUCGCACCUACACUCGGCAGCCAGCGCGGCCCCGAUCAAUGUCAUUCUAAAAGACGACACAUUAGGCCUUGGAGCGAAACCAAAGCAUAAGCAGAACGCCGAAUGUACUGGUCUCGACGUUUUCAAGGAUCUACUUGGUAGACUAAACGGGAAGUCCGAGGAGACGAUCGAACAAGAGAGACAAGUGCGCUCGGGCAUUAAGACGAACCUAUACGUGGAGAAGAAAUAUGGCCUCAUGAGAUUUGUGAGUGGUGGACUCUUGGUGGGAGAUCAAAUAAACGAGUUGGUCAGCACGACUAUCAAAAAGGAGGAAACUUCUUCGUUAGAAGACACUGCGGCCAUUCCCCUGAAGAAAGAGAAGAAGGACAAGAAAUCUAAGAAGCGAAAGGCCGAAGAUUCGGAUUCCGCUGAAAUACUCGAUACCAUUCCCGAGAAGAAACGGAAGAAACGGUCAAAGGACGAGGACCUGCCGAACGACGUCGGUAGUGGUCCGGAAGCCGACGAAUCAAAUAGCAAGAAGAAAUCUAAAAAGUCUAAACGAAAAGAAAUCGAGGAAGACACAGCUAGGUCCGAGAAGAGAAAGCAUAAGAAGUCUAAGAGGGACGCCAAGGUUGACGUUGAAGACGACGAUGCGCCGGCCGUACCAAACGAAAAUGCGCUAGAAAAGUCCAAGUCGAAGAAUGAUAAGAAAGAGAAGCGCAAGAAGGAAAAGAGAGAAAAGAAGAACAAGCAAACAGAUACCGCGGAAUCAUCAACGGAUGCCCCGACGCCUGCCAUAUCAGCCACCCCUCAAGAGAGCGGGUUAUCAACGCCAACCGGAACGGGAACCUCAACUCCCCAGGCGUUUCCAACACGCAAUUAUUCGCGAUCACGCAAUAUUGCAUCCAAAAGACUUGCUAUAGCCGAUAUGCAGGCACUGAACCAGAUUUUUAUGGUCAAACCAGUAUAGACGCGACAGGUCACGAUACGAUAGUCGGAGUAUUUGCGUGAGCGCCUCGACCAUGAUACCCAAUAGAUACCAUUCAAUAUAAACAUUCAUAUUGGACAACUGCUAUUAACGCGAAACUUCGUUGGCUGUCACUUUGAUUAUGGGAUUUUAAGGCCCGAAAAACUUAUUAUUACUAUCAACUAAACGAUUCCUAGGAUCGCUGAAAUUAGAGAAUAGGGUGACUAAGAACAACUAAUUUGGGGUAUCGGGUACUAUCUCGGCAGUAAGUAAAAGAUAUCCUGAAUUUCCAUCAUUUCCAUCAUACCGGAUUGCGGCCUGUUGGAAGAGGUGGGACAUCCUGCGAAGUUUCCAGGCCUUUAUGGAUAGCUCGUUGAGACUCGGCCGGA